GACACAUCAGUUGGAGCUCAAUUGUUGAUCAGAUCACAUCUAAGGGAUUUAGGAGCACAGAAGAGCCGAGAUUUGAGGAAAGACACCCCACUGAAUCCAUCCACUCUUCCACGUAUAGAUCGCAACACAGACCUUUUGACUGAAAAAAAUAAGAACGAAAAAGAAAAAAAAAAUCUCCAAAUCUCUCGUCUAGAUUUGACUUCUAUUACAAAAGCAAAAUACGUUUUUCCUUUAUUUUCUUCUCCCCCCCUUUCCAUUGCCGCCCCCCCUUCUUGGUCGCUUUUUCUCCUCCCCCAUCCCCCUCUUUUAUUAUUUGUCCCCCUCCCCUUUCCUCCUCCUUCCCUCCCUCCCUCCCCCCUCCCCCCCCUUUAAUACUUCGACUUCUGCUGCCUCCUCCGCCGUCGCCGCCGUCGCUGCUGUGUUUGCGCCUUGGAGAUGUCCUUCCCCCAACUGGGCUACCCGCAGUAUCUCAGCGCCAGCCAGGCUGUGUACGGGAGCGACCGGCCUGGGGUCCUGGCCGCAGCCGCAGCCGCUGCAGCAGCCGCAGCCGCCUCGGGCCGGCCUGGGGGCGCGGAACUCGGGAGCGGCUCAGCCGCUGUCACCUCUGUGCUAGGCAUGUAUGCCAGCCCCUACAGCGCGCCCAACUACAGCGCCUUUUUGCCCUACACCGCCGACCUCAGCCUUUUUUCCCAGAUGGGUUCUCAAUAUGAACUUAAGGACAAUCCAGGAGUCCACCCUGCGACCUUCGCAGCCCACACUGCUCCUGGCUAUUACCCUUAUGGACAAUUCCAAUAUGGGGACCCGGGAAGGCCCAAGAAUGCCACUCGGGAGAGCACCAGCACCCUUAAGGCCUGGUUGAAUGAGCAUCGCAAGAACCCCUACCCCACUAAAGGGGAGAAGAUCAUGCUGGCCAUUAUCACCAAGAUGACUCUCACCCAGGUCUCUACCUGGUUUGCCAACGCCCGCCGGAGGCUCAAGAAGGAGAACAAAGUGACCUGGGGUGCAAGGAGCAAAGACCAGGAGGACGGCAACCUUUUCGGCAGCGACAACGAAGGGGAUCCAGAAAAGACAGAAGAUGAUGAAGAGAUCGACCUGGAGAGCAUAGACAUCGACAAGAUUGACGAGAACGACGGCGAACAGAGCAACGAGGAGGAGGAGGAGAAGUCUGAGAAUCUCAGGGCUAGUGAAGAAGAUAGCCUGGAUAAGGAGAAGGAGUUACCCUUGUCGGGACCUGAAGGACUUAAAUCCAGAGACUCUCUGUCCCUGUCGAAAGACGCCUCUGACAGUAGCACGCGGAUCUUGAGCCCCAGUGGACAAAACAAUUUGCAGGGGCCACCUCACAAUAAGCCCAAGAUCUGGUCUCUGGCGGAGACUGCCACCAGCCCCGAUGGCGCCCUGAAGUCCUCCCCGCCUCCUCCUCCCCCUCCCUCUUCCCAGGUCAAUCACACAUCCCCUCAGCUCCAGCACCCCGCUUUCCUGCCUAGCCACGGACUCUACACGUGCCAGAUUGGCAAAUUUCACAACUGGACAAACGGGGCUUUUCUGACUCAGAGCUCUCUCUUGAAUGUUAGGUCCUUCCUAGGAGUUAAUCACCAUCACGCAGCACACCACAACCACCACCUCCAGGCCCAGCAAGCGCCUUCCGUGCUCACAGCCACUCUGGGGGCGCUCAAUAGCGACAAAGCCUCAGAAAGAAACAGUCCAAAACACACAGAAAGAGAAAAUGUACCCAGGACCGACUCUCCUCCUCAGCAGUUAAAAUCGCCCUUUCAACCUGUACGCGACAACUCUUUGGCUCAGCAAGAGGGAACACCGCGAAUUUUAGCAGCUCUCCCUUCCGCUUGAUUAAAUGUUUUUUUUUUUUUGAGGGGUGUUGGGGGGGGGGAAGGGGUGGGGUGGGAGGGGACACGGGGGAGGAAUAAAAAAAUAUUUCAGAGACUGGUAUAAAGGACAAAAUGGAAAUGAUAUAAACGACUCCCAUCAAUCACUUUUUGCAAUAAGGUGCAAAUCCAUAAAAGCGAUUCUUCCAUAUCGUAGUUGGAUCCCUUCUCCUUUGUACCAUUUCAGAUCGUGUUAUUCUAACCAUUCUUCGAUUAUUUGUUUGGUAAAUGUUCCCCAUGUGUUUGUAUGUGUGUCUUUUUUUUUUUCUUUCUGUAUAUAGUGAUUUCAGAUUGUAAAUAGCGGGUCAGCGAAACUUGUCUAAAUCAUAUAUUUUUGUCUAAUAAACUAAAUGAAAUUAUG